AUGUUCGUCAUCAGUAUGUCUCUACUACGUUCGCUUACUUGGGCGGUGGUCGGCAGUAUUAUCAUCUAUUGUGCGUACCGAGUCAUCUACAAUGCCUGGAUUCAUCCUCUUUCAAAAUUUCCGGGGCCAAUCUUGUGCAAGGUCACGAAUGUGCCAUAUGCUGCAUGGUUCCUAGGUGGGAGACAGCCCUACAAGAUGACAGAGCUUCACGCCCAGUAUGGACCAAUCGUGAGAGUCAGUCCGGACGAACUGUCGUUCAACUCUGCUCAAUCAUGGCAGGACAUAUAUGGCCAUCGUGCCGACCGAAAGAUUCUCGUCAAAGGGAGGUUCUACGACGGUGGCAGCUAUGCUGGCAUAGGAACUAAAUCGAUAGUCAGCGAGCGGGAUCCUUCCAUCCACCGUCAGAUGCGAUCUUAUCUUGCGGGUGCCUUUUCUGAUAGGUCUUUCAAAGAACAGCAAGGCCUCAUCUCCAUGAACGUAGAUCGUUUCAUUGAGCUUGCAGGGCUUAAGAGCGAACUGCCUGCUGGUUUUGAUGUUGUCGCUUUGCUUGAGAUGUUGACCUUUGAUAUAACCGGCGAUCUGGCCUUUGGUCAAAGUUUCAAUUGCCUCAGAGACGAUCAGUACCACCCCUGGAUUUCGAUUUCGCUCGGUGCAUUGGCCCAAGGCGCACUAGUUGAAGUGUUCAAUCGCUUUCCCACCAUUGCCAAACUUUGCAAGGUUGUGCUACGCCACAAGAUCGAAAUGAUGACUGCGGAUACGCGCAAAAAUGAAUAUCUCGCCCUGGAUAUAAUCAAAAGGCGAAUCCUUGCCGACGGUACCAGAAGUGACUUCUUGACACGUAUACUGGACGAAAGAGACAAGUCUGCCAUCUCAGACAGACAGAUUGCUGCCCAUGCAUCAGACCUGGUAGUGGCUGGAAGUGACACCAGUGCAACUGCGCUCGCAACAUGCCUACAUUAUCUCUUGAGAGAUGACGCGGUAAUGGCAAAGCUGACCACAGAGGUUAGACAAUCCUUUGCACAGUAUGAUGAAAUCAGCAAUACCGCAACUGUGCCAUUGAAGUAUCUAGGGGCUGUGAUCGAAGAGGCAUUGAGGAUCUAUCCUCCGCUGCCUCUCGGACUUCCAAGGAUAGUUCCAGAAGGCGGUGCUAUCAUUGACGGUUGCUUCAUACCGCAAGGGGCACGUAUAUACCGCCAACUGGUUCCAUGA